CUCUCUCUCUCUCUCUCUCUCUCUCUCUCUCUCUCUCUCUCUCUCGUGGGGUUUCCUCUCUAGCCCCUUUCCCUCUCUCUCUCUAGGGCGACGAAUCGAUCUCCGACGAGGAGAAAGGGGGCUGCGAUCGCCGGAUCCGAUCGGCUCCGGCGAGGACCCGGCGAGAUCCGAUCGUCGCCUCGAGGGAUCCUCUUUUUGGGGAAGCGAUGUUCCUGGUCGAUUGGUUCUACGGCGUCCUCGCCUCGCUAGGGUUGUGGCAAAAGGAGGCGAAGAUCUUGUUCCUAGGGCUCGAUAAUGCGGGGAAGACGACGCUGCUUCACAUGCUCAAAGAUGAGAGGUUGGUUCAGCACCAGCCGACACAGUACCCAACGUCGGAGGAGCUGAGCAUUGGGAAGAUAAAAUUUAAGGCGUUUGAUUUGGGAGGCCAUCAGAUCGCUCGGCGUGUAUGGAAGGAUUACUAUGCCAAGGUUGACGCAGUGGUGUACCUUGUGGACGCAUUUGACAAGGAGCGGUUUGCGGAGUCUAAGAAAGAGCUCGACGCCCUGCUCUCUGACGAUGGGCUGGCCAACGUGCCAUUCCUCAUACUGGGCAACAAGAUUGACAUUCCAUACGCGGCAUCUGAGGAGGAGCUCCGCUACCACCUCGGCCUCAGCAACUUCACAACCGGCAAGGGCAAGGUCAACCUGGGGGACUCGAACGUCCGUCCCCUCGAGGUCUUCAUGUGCAGCAUCGUCCGCAAGAUGGGGUAUGGUGACGGCUUCAAGUGGCUCUCCCAGUACAUCAAGUAGGGUUUUCGCUAGGGUUUCGAUUUUGGUGUUAUCUUGAAUGAUCUAAAACACAAAGAAUUCCCAGCAGUGAUUUUUUUGGCAUGCCAUGGUCUUCUUCCUUUCCUCCUCUAUUUGACGGUGAUUGAUGAUAUUCUUCGUGUUUCUCUCUUUCUAUACCUUGUUCUUUUGUCGAUAGUUAUAUUUAACUGAUGAUACUGAAUCAGUGCGAAGCGGGUAAUUUGUUAAAAUUUGGUGCACUGUGGCCAUGCGAACUCAUUCAUUCCUGAAACAAUCAUUCUUUUAUUUUUCAAAUGUUUACAGCAGAUGAGAUUUAUGGUUUUCCA